UUUUGAAUGUUGUUGAUUAGCAGUAGCAGCGGGGGUUGAAGCGAGUUGACCCGGGUAGUCAAUUUUUGUUGCAGGGGGAGAAUGGCCUGAUGAUUUGACUGAUGGCACAUUACCUCGGGGGUUCAAAGAUUCAUUUUGUAUUGUCCAACUUGGCACAUCAUCUUUGGGAACUGAAAUUUCUGGUUUUAACCUUUUAAUUUUCUUGGCCUUCUUUUGCGCUUGUCUGGAAUUAAUUUUAUUAUUUCUUAAUUUUAUCUCUACGGGAAUCGUUAAUUCAUGUGAAUUUGUACUAGGAUUGGGAGAGGGUAAUUGGUUUUGACUUUUAUCUGUCUGUUUACAAACUUUAAUUGAGUUAUAGAUUACUUUUGACAUGUCUGGUAUUGGGAGGGACUUUAUUUCAGGGUUAAUUUCAUUUAAAGGAAGUAAUUCGAUUUUAGUUUCUGGCAAAUUAUUGUGGUAAGUGGGAAUCUUGAAAUCUUCUGGAAAUUUUAUCAGGGAUAACGGGAUUGGGAUUGUAGGUGUAGGAGGAUCUGGAAUCAUCUGUGAACAGAAAUUACUUAUAUGCUGCUGGGGAAUUUCUUGUUGUUGAGAUUUAUUAUUUUCUUCAUUAGAAUAAUCUAUAUGGUGUUGAUUGAUCUGGGGACAAAAUAAAUUAGGGCAGAGUGCUAUGGGGUGUGGGCUAUGACACUGUGUACAAAUAAGUGGGUUUUGACAAAUUCUCGCAAUAUGGUUGGGAUUAUAACAUUUAAAACAUAGCCUUCUCUCAUAUAACCGGCAUUUACGAGUAUGGAUCGUGUUAUAGUUCGGGCAGUGGUGGGACACAUGAUCGGGCUGGUUACAGAAAAUACAGGGGAAUUCCACCGUCCCUGGUCGAUUAUUUGGCUGGGAUAUGGAGAACGUUAAGGAGGUCUGUGGUGUGCGAGGGGGGCUAAUCGGUCUGAUCUGUCUGAAUGGUUUAGGAGUAUUAGAGGGACUUAUCUGUUUGUUGAGCUCCUUCUGUUGGUCGUUGAGUGCCUUGAUUCCUUCUUUUCUUUUCAGGAUUAAUUUGAGGGUGGUGCGUAGUUGGUCGGUGUUCCAUUCCUCUCGUUUCUUUUCUUUUGCUUCAAAUACUUCUUCCAGAAUUUGCGGGGGUAGUUUAGAUUCCAAUUCCAUUUGUACAGGGAGAGUAUUGACGUCGAAUUGUUGUUCCAGCAUUUGUAAGUAAAU